UGCAGCAGAGGUGCCAUGGGGCCAGGCUGUGCCAGUGUCCUGGGCUGGCUUCUGCUGGCACAGGCAGCCCUGCAGGCCACAGGUACGUGCUGGCACGUGUCCCUGGGCUUUGGAGGGUGGCAGAUUCGGAGUCUGUCAUGGCUCGAAGGGAUGAGCUGGGCUCCUGCCACAGCCCUCGGUGCUCACCCGCUCUUUCCUCUGCUGCAGGUGGCCGUCCCUGUGAUGCCAAGGAUUUUGGGCACGGCUCGCUGGUCUGUGCCUGCAGUGCCACGUACUGUGACACUCUGGACCCCCUGGUCCUGCCAGCCCCUGGCUCCUACAUCAAAUAUGAGAGCAGCAAGGCCGGCAAGCGGCUGGAGCGGAGCGAGGGGAAAUUCCAGCACAACGCCGAGAGCCCAGAUUUCCACCUCACCCUGGACACAGCUCAGAGGUUCCAGAAGGUGAAGGGCUUUGGUGGCUCCAUCACCGACGCGGCUGCCAUCAACAUCCAGUCCCUGUCCAAGGCUGCCCAGAACCACCUCCUCCGCUCCUACUUCUCCGAGGAAGGCAUUGAGUACAACCUGGUGCGUGUGCCCAUGGCCAGCACCGACUUCUCCAUCCGCCUGUACACCUACGCCGAUGCCGAGGGCGACUUCGAGCUCAGGCACUUCAACCUGACCGAGGAGGACACGCGCAUGAAGAUCCCCAUCCUCCAAGCAGCGCAGGCAGUGGCCAAGCGGCCGCUGUCUCUGUACGCCAGCCCUUGGACCUCCCCAGUGUGGAUGAAGACGAAUGGAGCAAUGACAGGGAGGGGAACACUGAAGGGCAGCCCUGGGGACAAGUACCACCGGGCCUGGGCCAAGUACUUUAUCCGGUUCCUGGAUGAAUACGCCAAGCACAACCUGACCUUCUGGGCAGUGACAGCAGGGAAUGAGCCCACGGCUGGUGAGAUUGUCUUCUACCCCUUCCAGUGCCUGGGCUUCUCCCCUGAACACCAGCGGGACUUCAUUGCCCAGGACCUGGGCCCGGCGCUGGCCAACAGCUCCCACCGCCACGUGCAGCUCAUCAUCCUGGACGACCAGAGGGUGAUGCUGCCCUACUGGGCCGAGGUGGUUCUCAAAGACCCUGUGGCUGCCAGCUACAUCAGCGGCAUCGGCAUCCACUGGUACCUGGAUUUUCUGGCACCCAUCGACCUGACACUCUCCAUCACCCAUCACCUCUUCCCGGAUUAUUUCCUCCUCUCCACGGAGGCCUCCACAGGCUCCUACUUCUGGGAGCCCAGGGUGGUCCUGGGUGGCUGGGAGCGUGGGAGCAAGUACAGCCACAGCAUCCUGUCGAACCUCAACAACUACGUGACAGGCUGGACUGACUGGAACCUGGCCCUGGACAUGGAGGGAGGCCCCAACUGGAGCAAGAACUACGUGGACAGCCCCGUCAUCGUGGACAGCAGCAAGGAUGUCUUCUACAAGCAGCCCAUGUUCUACCACCUGGGGCACUUCAGCAAGUUCAUCCCCGAGGGCUCCCAGCGCGUGGGACUGGCUGUCUCCAAGAAGUGCCACCGGUGUGACCUGGAGCACUCGGCCUUCCUGCGCCCCGACGGCGCUGUUGUGCUGGUGGUCCUGAACCGCUCCCCCACGGACGUGUCCUUUGGGGUCUCUGACCCGCACGUCGGCUUCAUCGAGGCCGUGGCUCCCAGCGACUCCAUCCAGACGUUCCUCUGGAGGCAGCCAGCCUAGCGUGGCAGAGGAGUGAGGUGCCAGCAUCAGGAACAUGCUGCUGGUGGCAGCUUGGAGAGAAGACUCCAGCGGGGUUGGGGUUGCAGCACAGCCCCUGCGCCCCAGAGGACCUGUUUGAC